UAUUUUAUGCAACAGUUGUAUAAGAAGGGUCAAAAAAUGCGAGUGGCGUGAGUUGCGAUGUGAGCCUUGGCGAACAUCGCAAUAAGAGACGCCACGAGCAUUUUUUGACCUAGUUAUACAACGUUGCAUACAAUACUUUUUCUACGACGACGUAAUUUUGGUGUAGAAUUCAAUAGUUCUUCAUCCAUUUUUCCUUUUUAUUUUAUACUUUUUAGUGUUUUGAAACGAAACACAAAAAUUUUCCAAUUUAUUUUCCAACGCGCGGGAAAAUGGCGGCAAAUGUAUACUUUUUUUUUAUAGUAUAUCUAUGGCACCAAACAAAGUAAAGGUGCCAGUUUCCAGGUCAAAAAAAAAAACAACAACAAUGCUUUUUUGGCGACAUUAUAGUACAGUUACACUUUGUAAACAAUGCUUUUAUAGGCCAUAGAGCGUACACUUUUUCAAAGAGUUUAAUUAUGUAUGUACUUAUAUUAGACUUUUUGGUUAUUUAAAUGCCAGAUUAAAGUAGAGGAGUAGAAAAAAUAAUUUAUCAAGCGAAGUCAGUAACUGAAACUAGUUGUUUAUUAAAAAGUUUCCCACGAGUCAGAGGAUACCUGACUGAUAUAAUAUAUGGUAUAGUAUAGCCCACAUUCCUCAAUGCAUACGAGGCACAAUAUGUGUAUUGUAAUAAUUCUUUUGUUAUUCAAAUAUGGUACAAUUAUACGUUUAAAUUCACGAUAGUCAAUGAAACCUUCACUUCAGUAAAUCCCAUGAUUUGCCUCUAGCCAUCGUACUUGUUUUUUUUCUUGUUUUGUUAAAUGAUUAAAAGGAUUAGGGGGUUUAACUAAAACAUUACUGUAUAUUCCGCAUAUGCUAUAGCCAAUUCCUUCACAAUAAAAUCGUUCUUAACUUUAAACCCCAAAAGAUCGACGAUCACAAUGUCGUUCAUGAUAGUUUUUUUACUAUAUUACUCAAAGGCUUGUAUUCAAUGAUACUAUCGUUUAAUAUGAGGCAAUAAGCAGAUGUUCCGUCAGGUAGAAUUUCAUCACUUUCUAUCUCAACCCGAACGUCCACGGAUCCUGUUUUUAGGUAGGUAGGUUUUUACUUGGCCUGAGCAGUCAAUGACGAAGAAAGGAGCUAUCUCUUUAAACUCUUUAGCACUUAACAAAGGAUCUGCUCGCCGUCCGUAAUAAGACUGUUGAAAGCUCACAUAUUGUUCAUAUAAUAAAGCAAUUUUAUAACCGGCAAAAUCAACAUUUAUAUUUUCGUACGGAAAGUAAGUAGAAUUGAGGUAGACUCGUGUGCUCCAAAUCCUAGCAACUUACCAAUCAAAUUUUCUUUAUCAAAAUGUAUAUCUUUUGUACAAAAGAUUGAGGUUUGUAGAGUAUUAUUAUUACACUGCAUAUUAAAGGCUUAUGCUUUUAUUUUCUCCUUCAAGUAAUUAUUUAUGUCCUGUAGCUCAUAUGCUCCUUCAGGUAUUUCAAUUAAUUCAUUAUCACCAUAUAUAAAUCGGUUGUUUCUUUUCUCGAUAUUAGGAAUCGAAUUAAAUGUAGAUUAAUACAACAAAGCGCACUCAUAUUCACCGUCUAGUUAACGAUAAAGUGGUCUAGAAUGCCAGGACAAAAAUCUAGAGUCAAAAAAUUGUGAUGUGAAAUCGACUCGUGCUAUACUGGUGAGUGUUGUAGUUGCUAACCGAUUGAUCGUUAUAUUAGGAACCACACUCGAUGUUAUUGGGUAUUUCUAGACCAUCGAAGUGAAGGGAUUCGCGAGAGCGCGAGCGAUAGCGCGUUGGCGCUCGAGCGAUCCGACUGAACGAAGAUGGUCUAGAAUGCCCAAUAACAUCCUACUGACAUGACCUGGUCGGUUAUUCAAUUGAAACCUAGAUUCAUCCAUGUUAAACAUAUAAGAUGGUUUUUCAAAUAAUUCGUACUCUUCCAGCAGUUGAUAAAGAAUAUCGUAAUAAGCAUCAACUUCCUCUCGGUUCAAUGCUUCGCAGCGAGCCAAAGAAACACCUUCCGAUUUUUCGGACUCUUAUUCCUGGAUUUCUUUUUAAGAAUGACUUGAGCCAGACGUAACUUGCUUUUUCUUUGUCUUUAUUAAAUGAAUGGUUGAGUUUUAACUGUUCAGCAAAGUAAUAGGCGAUACUUCUUAAAUCUUUUUCAGUUAGCGGGAAACAUUGUUCUUGCAUUUUCAGUAUGUGUUUUCUUCUCAUAAAACCUAUAUCGCUAAAGCCAAAUCUGAUACCCAAUUUUUUCCAUCACGUCAGGAUUUUCUGUAAAUGUACAUUCUUAUUUUUACUAUUUUCAGGGUUUUUUGGUGGUUUGGUAAUGUAAAAAGUAAAAAAAAAACGAUAACAAAUAUUUAUUAAUUAAUAACAAUAAAUAUGACCAAAUCUAUUAGUAAAAAGCAAACCCCAUAAAAACAGGUGUAUUUUUUCUUUGCAUAUGGCUAUUUUCUUUUAUAAUCAAGGUCAGUAUCUCUCAUGAGGAACCAACAAUGAUCUCCCAACAUCCCUGGAUCCCAUCGACCUUGGUACCGUUGUUCCAUAGUAAGGAUGUCCUGAUGGAACCUUUCGCCCUGUUCAUCACUUACAGCUCCCUAAGUUUUGCGGGAAAAAAUCCAAAUGAGAAUGCAGGAAAUGGAUUUUCAACGACAUUCUGCAGCCCAUUUUUUUGCCAAUAGUUUUGCUCUGAUUAAGAAUUCGUUCCUAGAAUAGAAAUUGUAAAUGUUAUGGCAUCGGCGUCGAAGGUAUAAAUAUCCGUUACUUUACUCUCUCUGCGUUUCUUUUUUGGUGUCCGCAAAACAUUAUCUUCGCUGCCAGAUGGCCCAAACUUCUCCUUAUUAAUAUUUGUAACUGUACGCCUACUAACCCCAAGUGCUUGAGCGACUCGCUCUUGUACCUGGGUGACAGGAGGUAAAAGUGGUCCGCCAUUCAGAGACUCACGCUCGAAAUAGUCUUUUAACUUGAUGUUGCACUCACGGUACUGACUAUUUAGUGUUUUCCCUCGUUUCAGCAUUUUAUACACCAAAAAUAUAAAAUCCAACGUAGUUAACACACUCAAGAGUCCAAUUUAGCGCCAAGGUCAGAAUAUCACUAAAUAUUAAUGUGUGUAUAAUUUAACACGUUGAACGCCAAUGCAGACCCCAUGUGUCCGACGAUGUACCUUCCUGGGGUCACACCAACAAUGUGAGAAUUGUCCAACAGCCGUAGCCUUUUCUGCGAAUAUUGUCUAGAAAUAACUAUAAAAUCUUCUAUCGUGUGGGUUGUGAGGUGACCCACCAACCACAUCAACCCUAGUGUCAGGGUUAUUAUUGAGCCGCCAUAGGCCCCUGACAUGUUAGAAAAGACGGUGUAAACCAUGAUAUUCAGUCUGGCGUUCAACGUGUUAAUGUUGAAAAUGUAUAUGUGUGUCGUAGGUUUUACCUAAAUAAACUUUUUUAUUAUUAUUUUUUAUAUAGAACAAGAGCAUAAACGAAAGCCGGGUCACAAAAAGCUUAACAACGAGAGGUACUGGAAUACCUUGUCUGUGCGUACGAGACGACAACGGACGACUGACGUAAUGGUGGACAACGCCACGCUGUUUUUUUUAUAAAGGCUUUAUUAAUAUAACGAUACCGUUAUGACUAUUAAUAUAAUUCUUGUUAUAACAGUUAUAGCCUGGUAUACUAAAGUGCUGAUGAUCUUUCCCUUCCUUCCCUUUGAAGCCAAGUUUCGUUAAGCAGACAUAUAUCAAUAUUAUUAUUAUGUAGGAAAUUAAUUAAGUAGUUCUUUUUUGCUACAAACACUUUGUAUAUUAUAUUGCGCAAUACGUGAUUGUGAUAUUAAGCUAUUAUCCAUUAUUAAACAUAAAAACUUACCUAGUUUUUCAGUAUUAUGUCUUGUAUCAACACUGCCGUAAUCGGCGUAUUAUCAGUCUUGUUACCUAAUUGAACUAUUGUAGCUACGAGAGCUUGUAAUACGUCCUUAUUCUCAACGAUUUAAUAGUAUCUUUUACAGGGUAUCCAUGAGUUUGCCAGUGACUGGGCAGGGCCACAUCAACAUACUUUAUUUAUGUGCUAAUAACUUAGAUAAUAAAAUAAUAUUUGAUUAAUCAAUUGGCUUCAUUUUUUUAUUCUUGAUUACAAUAUUUCAAUAAACACGACAAAAUCAAUAACAACAAUAAAGAUAUUUUAUAAAAAAAAAAUAAUUACAACAAUGAUAAAUCAACAACAGUGUUCCUUUAAAUAUUAAUCAACAACAUUAAUUACAAUAAAAAAAUAAAAAGAAUGUAUCAUUCUCAUGGAUGGAUUUGAAGGAAGUUGAACGUGGGGUUGUGUAGAGUGAGGUAGGAAAGUCGAAUAUUCGUGGGGGAAAAAAUAGGCGCUGCAAUUCCGGGCUCAUCAGAAGCCAUGUCAACCUUUUCUUCCUCCUCGAAAAGAGGAUCCUGUUGCAAGACCACUGAAACAUCCUAAAUUGCAGAUGCUAUAAUUUCCGCUGCACGUAUAUUCGCCUCUAUAGAAAUAAGAGGUCCUCCAAUGGACGAGGAUGCUUCGACAAUAGAUUGCCUUAGCAUUGACUAUUUUCAUUUAGGCUUCUUAUGAGGUUGUCAUUUGCAGGUGGUCGACGUCUAGAUUGAGAUGGCGGAUACCGGUUUCUCAAACUAGACCUCUGUGUCUGCCCUUCUGAACUGAAACUUGGAGUUGUUGGACUUAAAGGUGGGGAAGUGGUGGUAUGGCCUAUGAGAGGAAAAUGUUGGGAUGUUGAAGGGCCAGGUAUGUGUAUAGGUGGCGCAUACUUCUGGCCGAGCUGCACGUAGGCCAGCUGCAGCUGGUGGAGCACUCCCAUGAAAAAAGAAUAAUGUGUACCGUAAUAAAAAAUAAAUAAAUAAAAAAUAAAAUGAAAUAAAAAAAAACGUAAAUAAAAUUAUUCUAUUCUAUUGAGGUAAGAAGGGGAACUUUUUGUGAUACAAGAUUCUGGAAAAGAAGGACAUGUAAAGGGAAAUUCAAAAAGAUUUGGUUAACAUCCAGUUACCAAUAUCCAGUCCACAUUCACAACCAGCACUUGAUAUAACUUGGACGUAGCUCUUUUGCCAACCUUCACUCGAAAAAGCCAUGGCUUGCGUAAAAUAUUUGGCUGAAUAGAGGCAUAAAAUUUUCCUUUGGCCUGACGACUCACCACCCACUCAUCCCCCCAAGAGUCUUGAAGGAAUGAGGUGGGUAAAUUAACCAAAUCACGGGUGUAAUUUUUAUACGGAAAGAAGUCGCUACUUUCCACAGCUUCCUUAGCCAGAUCAGGUUUAAUGUUGCCAGGGAUUUUGCUAUGUCCAGGGAUUAAAUGGUUGUUAAAUCAGUAUUUUGAAUCUUAGGUGGUGUCUUUGGAAUCCUACGAAUGAAUAUCACUCAUUAUGCCAGAAACUCACGCGACACCCUAAAUAUUAUUAUGAUUACUUCAAAAAGUCAGAAUCUACUUUUCACCGGCUACAACAAAAGCUACAAGAUGCUUUGAGAAAAAAAGAUACUGGAGACAAUCUAUAUCGCCAAUGGAAAGACUCGCUGUUACGUUAAGGCAAGUGUAAAAAUAAAAUCAUUAAUGUUAUUGUUCCAAAUAGGUGGAUGAUAUGACGAUUUGAAUAGUUUGAUGAUAGAUAAUAGGCUUGUGUCCUAAAAUGUAAUUAGUGGUUCAUUCUUUUCUUUCUUACAUAUAUAUCAGAAAUAAGUUAAUAUUUCUACAAUAAUCAAUCACUAACAUAAUUAUUUACGGUUUUUAAAAAACCUGUUCGAAUAUUUCAUGAAAACGCUCUAAACUGUCAUGGCGUCUUCAAUGACGUCAUUUAGUGCGUCCAAACCAAAACAAACCGUGAACGUGAAUACUUUUUUUACAUUUAAUAAUUUAAAAAUGAAUUCCAUGUUUUAUAAGUAUUGUGUAGUGCCUGAGUGUAAAAGCACAAGUGUAAUGACACCAAACAAAUUGUUUGUAAGAGUUCCCAUGAAUGAACAAAUACGGAGAAAGUGGUUAAAACUUGCACGGAGGGAUGAUGCCCGUAUUUUGUCUGUAGAUUCAAGAAUGUACUUUUGCGAAGAUCAUUUUGAUAUGCCAAACGAUAUGACGAAUUUUAUGGAAUAUCAAAUCAUGGGAAAAGUAUCAAAGAUACUUAUGAAAUCAGGUUGCAUUCCAACAAAGUUUGAGUGCCAAGAAGACAGAAGAAAACGAAUGAGCAGCAUCAUAGAACGGCCAUACAUUGUAAAGAAACAAAGAACUGAGAUCAUUGCAGAGUGUCUAAAUGAAUAUAAUAAAAGUUGUACAACAAGUUCAUCUCUAGAAGAUACUUCUAAUAUCAUUUCAAAUUGCAAGUUGGGUGAAGAAAAUGUCCAAGAAGUUAUAAGUAAAACAUCAGACAAGUUUGUUCAAGCCUUAAUAACACACAAAUUCAGAAGUAAAGAUGUGCAAGCUGAACCGGAGUACAAAGAUCAGGCAUUGUCACCAUUGAAAUCAUCGCUAGUAUCAAGUUUCACAUCCCCAUUUAAAGUUAAGACUUUCAAGAAAUCAAGACCUUCGGAGAUGGGUAAAAUAACAAGAAAUAUAUUUACUGAGGAUGAGCCCUCAGAUGGUGAAAUUUCUCUAUACUCAGGAGAUAUCAGGAGUCACUCACCUUCUGUGCAUUCACUGCAAACCAAAUCAUCUUCUGACUGCAGCGAAAUACUUGAAGAUUACAAGAAACAACAACAAGCUACGGAGACUCUAUCGAACACAUUAAAAAAGAUAGAGAAGAAGCCUCGAUUGUACAUUGGUCUUUCAAAAACUUGUUAUUACUUGAUUGACAUUAUUCAGGAGACUUUAACUCACCCUCAUAGGUUCAGUUGCAAUCCCUUUGCUGCACAAAAACAAUUAUGAAUAAGUAUAACACAGUUUUUACAUUGAAACAUAUAGGUAGCUGGCGAGGAGUGGGUGUAGGAACUAUACGCCUACCACUUCGAAUGUAAUACUAUGUGAUUUUGUGAAAACAUAAUAUAGUUUAUGUAAUACUUACUUUUUCGGCGGCGGCGCACCCUCGUCCUGCCUCCCCGUUCGCGUUUCUCUACAAAAAAGUACAAUUAUUGUAAUUAUAUUGGUAGUAUACCACGCCUGCGUACUAUUAUUUCGGCUGCGUGUGCGCCAUUGAUAAGUCAUAAGAAAAAUCUUACCUUUUAAACAUUUUUAACAUUGUUGCUGAAACAAAAAUAACAAUAAUGAGCAACACACGCUAAAGAUUUCUAGUGAUUUUCGUAAAAGUAUAAAAAAACACAACUUACUCAAAUCACGACGCCACGAAAAAAGCAAAUGGCGGGCGGUGGUAUCGUAUGUCAAAAGGACAAAUCGCUAGAGUUGUUCCAAAAUCGGUAAAUUAAAAAUCGGCGCUACUCCAUGCCGGGUACCUGGCAAAAUUACCCGGCAUGCAUUAAGUCAGUAACACGGAGCGGAACCAUCUGAAAAACCGUGCCUUGAAAGAACUAGACCACUAUCUCUACACAGCAAGUGCUCGGAAGGAUAUAAUUAUAAAUCUUUAAUAAGUGCGGUGGGUGGGCAGGCUGAUAAUACGGCCACUUCCAUAUUAUAAUUAUACCCGAGAAAAAAAAAUUGUUUUCGGAAGUACUUAUGUGACUUAUUUGGUCUGGUUUGAGUUCAAAAUUCAAGCAUGUUUCUGUUAAAACCUGAAACUUCAGGUUAGGUGGGUGUGAAAUAUGAUGACUAUCGUAAAGAGUCCCGUAAUGAGGACCACCUCUUACGUGAUACAAAAUCGUUUCGUGCGAAAAGCCACGGGAGCCCCGUGUAGUAAUAAAAAUCUGCACAUCGACCUAGGUCUGCCAGUCAUUGCCCAAUGGCUCUAAUUUGAGCCUAAAAAUGUUUUCUUUUAUUUUGCUCCUCACCAUCCUAAUCCCCUGGUAGUUGCGGCUUCCGAAUGCGUCCCGCUUAGGAACAAUACUGAAAAGUAUCGGCGUCCAAAGGACGUAAUAUACAAUCCCGAUGACCUGAUUACUCUAGCCAUAGAGGCGGCCAAGCAGCUCAAAUAUUUCGGUAUCGGGGGAUAUUGACUCCGCCGGCGUUUCACUCAUGCAGCGCUUACCGCUACCGGCCCACUAGAGUCGAUUAAAUCUUCCAAACAUAAUCCUUUCAAACGCCGCCUUGAGGUUCUCGCCCAACUGUCAAAAAGGAAGGAUUUCGAAAAAUGACGAUGUAUGGACACAAGUUUUUCAACGGUAAAACACCGGUUUUUUUAUCACCAUAAUCAACAUUUUCUUAAUAAUAAUGGUUUUAUCCGUCUUUAGAAUAUAAGUGCAAUAAAUGUUAGUUUUAAAGUAACUUAUUAUAAAGUUUUACCUUCAAAAAAAUUACCCGGCAGCGCCGGGGGUAAUCGGCGCAUUAUCCGGUACCCAGCCGGAUACAAACCGGGUACUUAUCCCAUCUCUAGCCCGAAGGACGGAGAUCGAGUUGAGAAUGACAGUUGGUAGAAAAUUAAUAGAUAUCGAAUGCUGUUUUUGGAUGGGUCUUCGAACAUCGUCGGUCAAUAUCAUUAACUCAAAAACAUCCAACAAUCUUUCGUUUUUGCAAGUAUUCAGUUAGAACAUACGUAAGUUGGUGACAUAAGUUCUAACUGGAUAUUCGUAAAGAUAAAAAAAUCUAGGUUAUUCUUGCAUCUGAUCUACGGCAAAGAUAUUGACUUCGGGUGUGCAAAGAACCACCCAUUAGAAUGAGUGAAAAGGGGAAAAAAUAAAACAUUGGUUAAAAAAUUCAUUUUAUUUGAUUAUUGAAUCCUGAGGAUUCCAUUUUUUUAACAGCCGCCCGCCAGCGGUCUUGAGGUCAUAG